AGAGGAUUUACUCAGCCCAAAAUAUGUCAUCGUGAGAUAAGUGUUCUUAUUACACCUCAUUGGAGAUAAGCCUUUUUUCUAUGGAGGUCUAUAAGAGUUUCGAAUUCCGUAAGGCUUAAUUGAUCGAAUAAAAGUUUCGCAAUGUUUAGUCUGUUAAAAUGUACUGAUAUAAUUGUAUGCAUGUGGAAUUCUGACAACUUUGAGAAAAACGACUUGGUUUUGCCUGUUGUUCACACGCGUAUCUGUCCUCUCAUUGGCUAGAAUCGUCCCAGCUGUUCGCACUUGCCUUCGAUCACUGAGGACAUUUCCAUUGUUAUAGCGGUCACUCAGCUAUCUUGUCAAUAUAUUACAAUAUCUUUGUUACCAGUCGAACCAGUUGUAGGUAACGGGCUCACUCAGUGUUGGGAAUGCAGCCGCCACUCCCACCAGAUGAAGUCAGAGAGCUGGUGUGUUCCUGUCUUCACAGGGACCCGGUAGCUGCUGACCUGAGAUGCAGCCUGUUUGUUGCUGCUGCUCAGAGCUACAAGAGGGACUCACUGCUCAGACCCUACCCCCCCAGAUAUAUCAGAGACACUGACACCAAAGAGUUUGAUGAGCUGCUGUCAGAUGUGAGCAGUUUGCCUGGUGUGAGGGAGCUGGUGAGAUUGAGACCUGGCAAAGCUGACCAUCAUCUGGCCCUCACACACUGGGUUCUCUUCUCCAAGAGCUUCGCUGUGAAGACACUACAGAAAGACGAGUAUGUCAAGCUCUGUAACCUGACAGAGGCUGAGGGGAUCUCUACGCCGGUCCCGGACUUCCUGUUCGAGCUAGAGUACUGCGACCAGAUGAACGUUAAGUUUGAGAAGACACGGGCGGGACGUGACCUCUUCUAUGCAUUCCACGGCAGCCGACUGGAGAACUUCCAUUCUAUCAUCCACAACGGACUACACUGCCACCUCAACAAGACGUCAUUGUUCGGAGAGGGCACGUACCUCACCAGUGACCUCAGCAUGGCGGUCCUCUACAGUCCCCAUGGCAACGGUUGGCGCGACAGCCUCCUGGGACCGUUGCUAAGCUGUGUCGCCAUGUGUGAGGUCAUUGACCACCCAGACGUCAAGUGCCAGGUAAAGAGGAAAGACUCUGAGACCAUUGACCGGCAGCGAUCCAGAGCCAGGAACAGUGAAGGAGGAGAGGUCCCUCAGAAGUACUUUGUGGUCACCAACAAUCAGCUGCUCCGAGUCAAAUACUUGCUAGUGUACUCUCAGAGAAGACACCUGUCCAGACAUUCCCAGGGCAGGUCGUGGCUGGUCAGACAUCACUUUGCCAUUAUGAUGAGUCUCUACCUACUGCUUCUCAUCUUCAUCGGUACCUUCAACUCCACCACAUUCCUCUCCUUCUGGAACAGGCUCUUCCGGUGAUGUCACAAUCACAAGACUGGCUCUUCCGGUGACGUCACAAACACAGGACGACACUCUUCCGGUGACGUCACAAACACAGGACGACACUCUUCCGGUGACGUCACAGGACGGUCAUGGUGCUUUUCCACUUCAGCCCAAGAUGGUCCAGCCUGAGGCUUUCUAUGGGCUUAAACCCUGGUGUUUUACGAGAUAAAUAGUUUCAUUUCCAUCCCUUGGGCUUGACCCUAAGGCACGAGUGUGAAACUCAUUCCACGGAGGGCAGAGUGUCUGCAGGUUUUCUCUCCUCCCUUGUACUUGAUUGAUGAAUUAAGGUCACUGAUUAGUAAAUAACUCCCCUCACCUGGUUGUCUAGGUCUUAAUUGAAAAGAGAAAGCAGCAGACACUAGACCCUCCAUGGAAUGAGUUUCACACCACUGCACUUCGAACUUGGGAAGAGCAGUGUGUCAAGUUCAACAACCUGUGAAAUUUCAACAGUUUCUUAUGAGAAGGAAUAGUUAAUCUAGACAUGGACCAUUAUUCUCAUUCAUAGUGCCUUCCCUAACACAGAGACAGACCAGACGGCUGGACAGCACAGGAGACAGACCGGACGGAUGGACGGACAGAACGGGAGACAGACCGGACGGACAGCACGGGAGACAGACCGGACGGACAGCACAGGAGACAGACCGGACGGACAGCACAGGAGACAGACCGGACGGACAGCACAGGAGACAGACCGGACGGACAGCACAGGAGACAGACCGGACGGACAGCACAGGAGACAGACCGGACGGACAGCACAGGAGACAGACCGGACGGACAGCACAGGAGACAGACCGGACGGACAGCACAGGAGACAGACCGGACGGACAGCACAGGAGAUAGACCGGACGGAUGGAAGGACAGCACAGGAGACAGACCGGAUGGAAGGACAGCAUAGGAGACAGACUGAACGGAUGGAAGGACAGCACAGGAGACAGACCGGACGGACAGCACAGGAGACAGACCGGACGGACAGCACAGGAGACAGACCGGACGGACAGCACAGGAGACAGACCGGACGGACAGCACAGGAGACAGACCGGACGGACAGCACAGGAGACAGACCGGACGGACAGCACAGGAGAUAGACCGGACGGACAGCACAGGAGACAGACCGGACGGAUGGAAGGACAGCACAGGAGACAGACCGGACGGAUGGAAGGACAGCACAGGAGACAGACCGGACGGAUGGAAGGACAGCACAGGAGACAGACCGGAUGGAAGGACAGCAUAGGAGACAGACUGAACGGAUGGAUGGACAGCACAGGAGACAGACCGGACGGAUGGAAGGACAGCACAGGAGACAGACCGGAUGGAAGGACAGCAUAGGAGACAGACUGAACGGAUGGAAGGACAGCACAGGAGACAGACCGGACGGACGAACAGCACAGGAGACGUGGGCAAAUAGGACAAACACCUUAACACUGUUUCCCUUUCAUAUGUUUUCCAUCUUCCAACCCUUUGUAUGUACAGUAUGCAUGGUUAUCACUGCUAUGGUUAUAACACCCUCACAUGCUGACAACACCGCCCGCGUCUCGCGAGCGUUGUAAAAUAAGUGUACACAUACAUGUUAUUCAAUCAUUGCGUCCACACUGUUCACGCGGGUCUACGAGCGUCUGCGUAGAUGGCCAGCGCUUUGUGAUGCUUGACGUGCUGCAA